AUGAUUUCAGCAAAGCAUGGAUUUGCUCUUGUUACCCCUGCAUCACGGGGGUUAGGCUUUGCAUUCGCUCAGCAGCUUCUAGCAAAGACCAAUCUCCCUGUCGUGGCAACAGCGCGCAAAGAUUGCACCGAGGUUCGAGACCAAUUGCUAUCCAGCAAGGGGCUGUCUCAAGAUGCCGAAAAAAGGCUUCGAGUACUCAAGCUCGAUGUAACAGACGAAACGACGAUCGCAUCAAUGGCAGAUACAAUCCGACAAGAGUAUCCCGCAACACCACUGAGAAUAGCAUUGACCAUACCCGGGAUUCUGCAUGUGGAGAAAUCCCCAACACAAAUCGAUGCCGAGAGCGCAUUACACAGCUUCCAAGUCAAUGCCGUUGGCCCGCUAUUAUUGAUGAAGCAUCUCGCUCCAUUUCUUCCGACCAGGUCAUCUGAUCCUUUCCCAACAUUUGAAGAUGCUGAUGAAGACCCUGAAAAGGCACUGCAGCUGCCAUCUCAUGCGAUCUACGCUAUGAUGGCAGCCCGCGUGGGCUCUGUCUCUGAUAAUAAUUCCGGUGGUUGGUACUCCUACCGGGCGAGCAAGGCUGCUGUAUUCCAGAUUGCGAAAACAUUUGAUUUGUAUCUCCGUGGGAAGUGCAAGGACAGAGCUUUGGCUGUGGCUUUGCAUCCUGGUACCGUAUACACGGAGUUCACGAAAGAAUUUUGGACUGGUCGUGAGAUGCUGGAACCUUUGGAAUCUGCGGAUCUACUGUUGCGUUUUCUAACCCAAUUGCCUCCUGGAAAUGAAGAUGGACGAGGCCGAUGUUGGGAUUGGAAGGGUAAAGAGAUUUUACCAUGA